AUGUCCAGGAGAGAUUCCGAGUAUUGGUUUCCGGGUAAUGCUGAUCAGUUGAAUGAAAGCGCAAUAGAAGCAUAUCCAGAGUUCGAGUUUCUUGAAGGUACUCUGGACGGAUGGCCUGAGCCGACUACAGCUCGUCGCAAGCAUCCGACCUCCGAUGCCAGGGAAGAAUCCAAAGAGAAUGAGCCGGAUUCCCAACCAGAGCCGAAAAUUGUCGAAAAUUCCGAAGAUGGCGAAAAACUUGAACAUGAUGAAGUUUUAGUUGAAAACCAUGAUGAUAUAAUGGAAUCUUAG